AUGGUGGACACUGAAAACCAGCUCUAUCCCCUCACUCCCUUGGAGGAGGAGGAUAUAGGCAGCCCUUUAUCUGGAGAGUUCCUACAAGAUAUGGAGAACAUUCAAGACCUCUCUCAGUCUCUAGGUGAUGAUAGCUCUGGAGCUUUAAGUUUAACAGAGUUCCAGUCUCUGGGCAAUGGCCCAGGGUCAGAUGGAUCAGUUAAAACAGUGUUCCUUUUUCUUUUAGACACCCUUUCACCAGCAUCCAGUCCUUCAUCCAUUAAUUUUGCCACAGCUCCAGGUAGCAUAGAUGAAUCACCCAGUGGAGCAUUAAAUAUUGAAUGUAGAAUUUGUGGGGAUAAAGCCUCAGGCUACCAUUACGGAGUACAUGCUUGUGAAGGUUGUAAGGGUUUCUUCAGGAGAACCAUUCGUUUGAAGCUUGUCUAUGAUAAAUGUGAUCGCAGCUGCAAGAUCCAGAAGAAAAACCGCAACAAGUGCCAGUACUGCCGCUUCCAGAAGUGCCUCUCCGUUGGGAUGUCACAUAAUGCAAUACGUUUUGGACGAAUGCCAAGGUCUGAGAAGGCCAAGUUGAAAGCAGAGAUUCUAACAGGUGAAAACUAUGUAGAAGAUUCAGAAAUGGCAGACCUUAAAUCACUUGCCAAAAGAAUUCAUGAUGCUUACCUGAAAAACUUCAACAUGAACAAGGUUAAAGCCAGAAUCAUCCUUGCAGGAAAAACUAAUAACAAUCCACCGUUCAUUAUCCACGACAUGGACACCUUGUGCAUGGCAGAGAAGACCCUGGUGGCCAAACUGGUGGCCAAUGGCAUUCAGAACAAGGAGGCAGAAGUCCGAAUCUUCCACUGCUGCCAGUGCACGUCCGUAGAGACUGUCACAGAACUCACUGAAUUUGCCAAAUCCAUCCCUGGCUUCUCCAGCCUCGACCUGAACGACCAAGUGACGCUGCUCAAGUACGGGGUCUACGAGGCCAUCUUCGCCAUGCUGGCCUCUGUGAUGAACAAGGAUGGCAUGCUGGUGGCCUAUGGGAACGGCUUCAUAACCCGGGAGUUCCUGAAGAGCCUGAGGAAGCCAUUCUGUGACAUCAUGGAGCCCAAAUUUGAUUUUGCAAUGAAAUUCAAUGCACUGGAGCUGGACGACAGCGAUAUAUCCCUUUUCGUUGCUGCCAUCAUCUGCUGCGGAGACCGUCCUGGCCUGGUCAACGUGGGACACAUUGAGAAGAUGCAGGAGAGCAUCGUGCACGUCCUGAAGCUUCACUUGCAAACCAACCACCCUGAUGACACCUUCCUCUUCCCAAAACUCCUCCAAAAAAUGGCUGACCUCCGACAGCUGGUCACAGAGCACGCUCAGCUUGUCCAGAUCAUCAAGAAGACUGAAUCUGAUGCACAUUUACACCCUUUACUACAGGAAAUCUACAGGGAUAUGUAUUAAGGAUUUUUAGGAUUUCUUGGUUUUUUUUUCCACACUAUUUAAAGACAAGAGCAAUACUGAUUACAGAUGGGAGCAACACUACUGGCACAGCUACCUGCUGUUCACUCAGCCCCAGAGCAUGGAGAAUCUGAAAGCUGGGUAGCUGGAAUGUGACACUUCUUUUGGUUUGGGAUCUUUUGUC